AUGGCCACCUCGUCUAUUGUUAUUCGCGGGAUGACCCAGGGCCGGUCAUUGCUACAUCAACAAGAUGCCUCACUGUCACAGUUGCGCUCGUCAAAUUCUCCUGCCUCUACUUACACAAAAUCUGCUCUUUCCUUAGACCGAGCUGCUGCCGAGAACCCACCCAAGAACAAAUGUCGUAAACCGAACCGCCGAGUCACCUUCUCCGAUACAGUCGACAUGAUAUCUUCGUCUUUCCUACCGACCCGCUUCCGCGGUGAGCCUGACCGCUCUCAGACAUCUGCUGCUCCUUCUCGCAUUGGCAAGAAGCUGGCACCGCUGUUGCAGUUUCUCUCCAGAGUCGCAUGCUCUCACCCCAUUCACACCGUCGUCAUUGUCGCCGUCUUGGCCAGCACCUCCUAUGUCGGAUUGAUUCAGGACAGCCUUUUCGAGGGUCGCACGAGUCUUGGUAAAGCCGACUGGCCUGCCCUGGUUGAUGGUAGCAGAGACCUGGUGGCAGGUCCGGAAACGCAAUGGAAAUGGCAGAGCAUCGAACAGGACGCCACUACCAAGGCUGAUUCUAACCAUCUGGCACUCCUGACCUUUGUCUUUCCCGAUACCUCUUCGACAGAUUCCACCAGCUCUGCUCCUCGAUCUCACGUUGUCCCAACGCCCCAAAACCUCUCGAUCACCGCGCUUCCCGCCACGGAGAACUCGUUCAAUACCUAUACGUUGGACAGCAUUCUGGCUUAUGCUGUCCCCAAGAGCCAGGCGCCCGAGUUUGUUUCUGCUGCCAAGGAGAUUCCUGAUGAAGAAGCCGAAGAGAUUGUUACCCGCCAUGGCCGCGAAAAGAAGACAUGGAUAAUGAAGGCGGCCAAGGUCAACUCCAGAAACACCAUCAUUCAGUGGCUCAGUAAUGCUUGGGUCGAAUUUAUCGAUCUUCUCAAGAAUGCCGAAACCCUGGACAUUGUUAUCAUGGUCCUUGGCUACCUCUCUAUGCAUCUCACCUUUGUGUCCCUUUUCCUCUCCAUGAGACGAAUGGGUUCCAACUUCUGGCUGGGCAUGAGCACUCUUUUCUCCUCCGUCUUUGCGUUUCUGUUCGGUCUUGCCGUCACUACGAAGCUUGGAGUUCCCAUUAGUGUCAUUCUUUUGUCCGAAGGAUUGCCAUUUCUGGUUGUGACCAUCGGCUUUGAAAAGAACAUUGUUCUCACCAGGGCUGUUCUCAGCCACGCCGUGGAGCAUCGCCGCACACAGGGUCGUGAUACGAAGCCCGGCAAGAGUUCAAAUACCGAAAGCCAAUCCCAAAGCGUCAUCUCUUACGCCAUUCAAGCCGCUAUUAAGGACAAAGGCUACGAGAUUCUGCGGGACUAUGCAAUUGAAAUUGCAAUUCUCUCCAUUGGUGCUGCGUCGGGAGUUCAGGGUGGCUUGCAGCAGUUUUGUUUCCUGGCUGCAUGGAUUUUGUUCUUCGACUGCAUUCUCCUGUUCACCUUUUAUACUGCUAUUCUCAGCAUCAAGCUUGAGAUCAACCGCAUCAAGCGACACUAUGACAUGCGCAUGGCCCUAGAAGCCGACGGUGUGAGCCGUCGCGUAGCUGAAAACGUGGCCAAGAGCAAUGACGAUUGGUCUCAGAGCAAUGGAUCUGGGUCUAAAGAGACGACUUUGUUUGGUCGCAUGAGAAGCAGCAGUGUCCCCAAGUUCAAGGUGCUCAUGAUUUCGGGCUUUGUUCUCAUCAACGUCAUCAACAUCUGCACAAUUCCUUUUCGAAGUGCCACUUCCCUCUCCAGCCUACGAUCCUGGGCUGGCGGACUCGGAGGAGUUGUUUCAACCCCACCGGUUGAUCCGUACAAGGUCGCUCUCAACGGACUCAACGCUAUUCUGGAGACUGCGCGGGCUAGGAAUACUUCGACUCGCGUUACCGUACUGACGCCGAUCAAGUAUGAGCUUGAAUAUCCCUCUGUUCACUACGCCCUGUCGUCGCCACUCAACGAUGGUGGCCUCGGCUCUGGAGAUUCUGCUGUCCAAUUCGACAACUAUGGCGUGGGUGGUCGCAUGGUUGGUAGCCUUCUGAAGAGCCUUGAGGACCCUGUCUUGUCAAAAUGGAUUGUGAUUGCCUUGGCUUUGAGUGUCGGCCUCAACGGGUACCUCUUCAACGUGGCUAGGUGGAGCAUCAAGGACCCCAACAUGCCGGAACACAACAUCGACCGCAAAGAACUUGCCAGAGCGCAACAAUUCAACGAUACCGAGUCCGCCACCCUACCCCUCGGUGAAUACGUACCUCCUACACCAGUACGAACCGAGCCUGCGACCCCUGCCUUGACGGAUGAUGAGGGUGAUGGCCUCCAGUUGAGCAAACGCAAGUCUAACCGAUCACAGUCCCAGUCGGAGCAUCGACCAAUUGAAGAAUUGGAGAGGCUCAUUGCUGAGAAGCGUACCCAUGAACUUAAUGAUGAGGAGGUUGUUACCAUGUCUAUGCGCGGCAAGAUCCCGGGCUAUGCUCUGGAAAAGGCUCUCAAAGAUUUCACGCGAGCCGUCAAGAUUCGACGGACCAUUAUUUCUCGCACCAAGGUCACCUCAGAGCUCACCAAUGGAUUGGACCGGUCACUACUGCCUUAUGAACACUAUAACUGGGAACGGGUCUUUGGAGCCUGUUGCGAAAAUGUCAUUGGUUAUCUGCCGCUUCCUGUUGGUGUCGCCGGUCCUCUUGUUAUUGACGGACAGAGCUAUUUUAUUCCCAUGGCUACCACCGAAGGCGUGUUGGUUGCUAGCACCAGUCGUGGCUGCAAGGCCAUCAACUCGGGUGGCGGCGCGAUCACUGUGCUUACUAGCGACGGCAUGACCCGUGGCCCUUGUGUCAGCUUUGAAACUCUUGAGCGCGCCGGUGCAGCCAAACUCUGGCUAGACUCGGAGGUUGGACAGAAUACCAUGAAGAAAGCGUUCAAUUCGACGAGUCGAUUUGCCCGAUUGCAACACAUGAAGACUGCCUUGGCUGGAACAAACCUGUACAUUCGGUUCAAGACGACGACCGGAGACGCCAUGGGAAUGAACAUGAUUUCCAAGGGUGUCGAACACGCACUCAAUGUCAUGGCUACUGAAGGUGGUUUCGAUGAUAUGAAUAUCGUCACAGUGUCUGGCAACUUUUGUAUUGACAAGAAGCCGGCCGCUAUGAACUGGAUCGAUGGUCGUGGCAAAGGCAUUGUUGCUGAGGCGAUUAUUCCCGCUGAUGUCGUCAAGUCGGUCCUCAAGAGCGAUGUCGACGCAUUAGUUGAGCUCAAUGUUGCCAAGAACUUGAUUGGAUCUGCCAUGGCUGGUUCUAUUGGUGGUUUCAAUGCCCACGCAGCCAAUAUUGUUGCGGCAAUCUUCCUGGCAACUGGCCAGGAUCCCGCUCAAGUAGUGGAGAGUUGCAACUGUAUCACAACAAUGAAGAAUCUCCACGGCUCUCUCCAGAUUGCUGUCUCCAUGCCGUCGCUCGAAGUUGGUACUCUGGGCGGUGGCACAAUCCUUGAACCACAGAGUGCCAUGCUCGACAUGCUCGGAGUUAGGGGAUCUCACCCAACAAAUCCUGGUGACAACGCCCGUCGCCUGGCACGCAUCAUCGGCGCAGCAGUUUUGGCUGGCGAAUUGUCUCUUUGCAGUGCUCUUCAGGCAGGCCACCUCGUCCGGGCACACAUGCAACACAAUAGAAGCGCCGCCCCAUCGAGAACUGGCACUCCCGCUCCUCCUCCCAUGACGCCCGUUUCAUUGGCCAUGACAAAUGCUCAAGAUAAGUCUAUGAGUGCAGCAGCACAGCAGAGGUCAAAGCGAUGA